AUGGGUGAAGACGGUGGCGGCCAUGCGGCUGCUCCUACUGCCGGUCCUGGCCACAAUGCCGCCAGCGACAACAACAACCUCAACCACCAGCAGCCCCCCGACGAAAUCAAGAUCAAGCCGCGCAUGACCAACUUCGACACCACCGAGCUUCACGAGGCCAUGUCGCCCACCGGCGCGACCACCCCUAACCCCUUCAGCCGCAAGAACACCAGUAUCGACCUGGACGACUACUUCACCGGUCCUCGUGAUAUCCUCAAGCACUCGAAAUGGCCUCUCUUCAUGCAGAUGCACGGCAGCAUUCUGCCCAAGAUGAUCGUGCCCCUGCUCUGGAUGUGUCUCUGGUCCGCCUGCAUCACCUGCAUCCACAUGCUCAAGACCAAGAUGGCCGUCGACUCCGUCCUGCUGACCGUUCUGGGUUUCGUCGUCGGUAUGGGUCUCUCUUUCCGCAGUUCUACCGCCUACGAACGUUACGCCGAGGGUCGCCGCUACUGGGCCCAGCUCAUCCUCGCAUGCCAGAGUCUCGGCCGCGUCUUCUGGAUUCACGGUGGUGACCCCGAGGGUCUCGACCCCAGAGUCUCGAUGCUGCGCAAGGUCGGCUGCAUGAACCUGCUUCUCGCCUUCUCCGUCGCCCUCAAGCACAAGCUUCGCUUCGAGCCUUACACCGGCUAUGAGGAUCUCGAGCACCUCGUCGCCCACCUGUCGACUUUCGCCCAGGAGGCCACCGCCGCCGACCCAGACAAGGUGUCUCUCCGCAAGAAGAACAUCUUCAAGGAGACGGGCGAGUAUCUCGGUGUCUCUUUCGCCGCCAGCAACCCCCGCAAGACGAUCAAGAAGGCUUCCCGCCCCCUCGGCAACCUCCCCCUCGAGAUCCUCAGCUACAUCGCCUGCCUUGUGGACAAAAUGGUCGAAGACGGUCAGCUUAAGGUGCCGAUGCAGCAGACCAUUGCCUACAACAACGUUGCUCUCCUCAACGACAUCAUGACCGGUACCGAGCGCGUUCUCACCACGCCCCUGCCCAUCGCCUACACCAUUGCCAUCAGCCAGAUCACCUGGGUCUACGUCAUGCUCCUCCCCUUCCAGCUUGUCGGCAAGCUCGAGUGGAUCACGAUCCCCGCUACUGUCGCCGCCGCGUAUAUUAUCCUCGGUAUCCUCUUUAUCGGCCGCGAGAUCGAGAACCCCUUCGGAGAGGACGUCAACGACUUGCCCCUCGAGCUGUACUGCGAACAGGUCGCCUCUGAGCUCGACAUCGUCUGCUCUUUCGAGAAGAGCGACCCCUACGCCUUCAUGGAGUCCAGCCUCAACCUGCCUUUGUUUCCCGCCAGCAUGGCGCCCUACAACAUCUGGAUGACGCGCUCCGAGAACCGUGUCCGCCAUGCCAUCCACAACAAGCACGACACCGUAUUCGAGUUCCGUAAGAGGGUUGUCCUCGAAAAAGUGGCGUCCAACACUGGAGGCAAGAGCGAGAAGAAGGCCAGCAGCGAAGCCACCAUGACCUCCAACGGAGAUCAUAACGUGUAG